AACAAUCAACCAUGACGACUGAAUCCGGAUCCGACUCAGAAUCCAAGCCGGAGCAGGAGGCCGAGCCCCAGGAGGCGGCGGGGGCGCAGCCGGGGCCGGGGCCGCAGCCGCCGGGCGGGGAGCAGCCGCGGCAGGCCCCGGAGCAGUUCGCGGCCGCGGCGCACAGCACGCCGGUGCGCAGGGAGGUCACUGAAAAGGAACAGGAGUUUGCUGCCAGGGCUGCAAAACAGCUCGAAUAUCAGCAAUUAGAAGAAGAUAAACUUUCUCAGAAAUCCUCUAGCAGUAAACUCUCCAGGUCUCCACUAAAGAUAGUCAAAAAGCCUAAAAGCAUGCAGUGCAAAGUGAUUCUUCUGGAUGGGUCAGAAUAUACCUGUGAUGUAGAGAAACGCUCCAGAGGGCAAGUACUGUUUGAUAAAGUGUGUGAACACUUGAACUUGCUAGAAAAAGAUUACUUUGGGCUUACAUAUCGAGAUGCUGAAAAUCAGAAGAACUGGUUGGACCCUGCUAAAGAAAUAAAAAAACAGAUUCGAAGUGGCGCUUGGCACUUUUCGUUUAAUGUGAAAUUUUACCCACCAGAUCCUGCCCAACUAUCUGAAGAUAUCACCAGGUACUACCUCUGCUUACAGUUGCGAGAUGACAUCGUGUCCGGGAGACUGCCCUGCUCCUUUGUUACCCUGGCCCUGCUGGGCUCCUACACCGUCCAGUCAGAACUUGGGGACUAUGACCCCGACGAGUGUGGGAACGAUUACAUCAGUGAGUUCCGCUUCGCACCAAACCACACUAAAGAGCUGGAAGACAAAGUGAUUGAGCUGCACAAGAGCCACAGAGGAAUGACGCCAGCAGAAGCAGAGAUGCAUUUCUUGGAAAAUGCCAAAAAACUAUCCAUGUAUGGCGUAGAUUUACAUCAUGCUAAGGAUUCGGAGGGAGUAGACAUUAUGUUGGGAGUUUGCGCAAGUGGUCUGUUGAUAUAUCGUGACCGACUGCGAAUAAACAGGUUUGCCUGGCCCAAGGUUCUCAAAAUUUCAUACAAACGGAAUAACUUUUACAUCAAGAUCCGACCGGGAGAGUUUGAACAAUUCGAAAGUACCAUUGGGUUUAAGCUGCCAAACCAUCGAGCAGCCAAGCGUUUAUGGAAAGUGUGUGUUGAGCACCAUACAUUUUUUCGACUGUUGUUACCAGAAGCACCUCCAAAGAAAUUCCUAACCUUGGGUUCCAAGUUCCGUUAUAGUGGCAGAACACAAGCCCAAACCAGGAGAGCCAGUGCACUGAUAGAUCGCCCAGCGCCUUACUUCGAGCGGUCAUCCAGCAAACGUUACACCAUGUCUCGCAGCUUGGAUGGAGCAUCAGUGAAUGAAAACCAUGAAAUAUACAUGAAGGAUUCUAUGUCUGCUGCAGAGGUUGGUACUGGCCAGUACCCCACAACAAAGGGCAUCUCUCAGACCAAUCUGAUCACCACUGUGACUCCCGAGAAAAAGGCUGAGGAGGAGCGGGAUGAGGACGAGGACGGACGGAAGAAGGCCGAGGAGGUCACACCGGUCUCGGCCGUCCGGCACGAGCGAAAGUCACCUGAGCUUGGCACUGACUCAUGUCCCUGGUCACCCCCAUCAGCCCAUUGUGCCCCGACCUCUCCCACAGAGCUGCGCAGGAGAUGUAAAGAGAAUGAGCACCCAACGCAGGGGUGUGAGCCCUGCACAGCCGAGCACAUGCCCGGAGAGCCCUGCCUGGACUCUGACGGCCCAGGGAAGCCGUGCCUCGGGGAGCAAGAUAUGGCCUUUAGCUACAGACCCCAAACUGGCAAAGGGACCACCCUGUUCUCCUUCUCCUUGCAGCUACCCAAGUCCUUCCCCUCCCUGCUAGACGAGGACGGGUACCUCUCUUUCCCCAACCUUUCCGAAACCAACCUCCUGCCCCAGAGCCUACAGCAUUACCUCCCGAUCCACUCCCCCUCACUGGUGCCCUGCUUCCUCUUCAUCUUUCUCUUCCUGCUGUCUGCCUCCUUCUCAGUGCCCUAUGCUCUCACUCUCUCCUUCCCUCUGGCUCUGUGCCUCUGCUACCUGGAGCCCAAGGCAGCCUCCUUGAGCGCCUCCCUAGACAAUGACCCGAGUGACAGUUCAGAGGAAGAGACUGAUAGUGAGCGCACGGACACUGCAGCGGAUGGGGAGACCACUGCCACCGAGUCGGACCAAGAGGAAGACGCAGAGCUCAAGGCACAGGAGCUAGAAAAAACUCAAGAUGACCUGAUGAAACAUCAAACGAACAUCAGUGAGCUGAAAAGAACCUUCUUAGAAACUUCAACAGACACCGCCGUCACCAAUGAGUGGGAGAAGAGGCUGUCCACCUCCCCGGUGCGGCUGGCAGCCAGGCAGGAGGACGCGCCCAUGAUCGAGCCGCUUGUACCUGAGGAGACCAAAGAAGAAAGAGAGAUUUCUGAAAAAAUUAUAUUUUUGCAGCAAGGAAGCGCUCCAUUCCUUGAGUCCCAGCCGGGUGUGAUAAAGAAAACACAGGAAGGCGACUCUGCUGACACUGUGGUCACUUCUCGUCAAAUAAUUUUCCAGAAAACUCUCCCAUCGACCCUAGAGGGCACAGAGGAUUGGGUUAUUAUAGACAAAAUACCCACUGAGGUAGUUGAUGGUGAUUCGAGAAAGAUUGUGACUUACAAAGUGGUGACAGUGAGCAGAACUGGUGACCUCCCGGCUGACAUGUUAAAGUCUGACGCUAUUAAAAUGCAUAGCUUCGAUGACUUGGCUAGAGAGGUGCAACUGAAAGAAGACAGCAAGCAGAAAAUAUACACUCUAGGAAAAUCCUACGACACUGUCUCCGGAAGAAUUGUCACUAUGACUGGGAAAGUGAAAGAGGGGGAAAGAGUGGUAUCGCCCUCCACUCUGGAAGCUCUUCAGAAAAUGGAGAAAGGCGUGUCAGAGUCAGUGAAGCUCGCGCCCAUCCUGGCCCAGUACGAGGUCCUGGAAGCCCUGGCUGAUGAGAAAUCCAAGAGAGGACCUGAGGUCCACACCCCAAAGCGGAGAUUGUCAGAAUCCCUGGCUCCCAUCAAGGAAGCCGAGUCUCGAAGGCAGAGUCCUGAAGAUGAUGACCCCAGGAAGGCCCCCGUGCUGGGGAGGGAUGUGGGUGUGCACCUGGGCCCAGAAGGUGGACGGUAUGGUAAAACGGAUCAAGUGCUAGAAAGUGAGGCUUUAAAAGUGGGGCCCUUUGGCCCCCGAAGGAAGAGCCUGUCCGAGUGGAGAUACUCCCAGGAACCGGCCAUCACCACGGCUACCGCACAUUAUGUCACCGAGUCAUCGGCAUCCCGAGUCGUGACUAAGCAAUCUUCUGGCGAAAAGCUCAUGGAUGGCUCCGAAAUCUUCAGUUUGUUAGAGUCUGUGCGAAAACCGACGGAGUUCAUAGGAGGGGUUGCAUCCACUUCUCAGAGCUGGGUUCAGGUGAAAACGGAAACCAAAACAGAGCCCAGUGGACUAGAGCCGAAACCCACCUCACACCCCCAGCCGCCGGGCGCUGAGAAGCUGGUGCAGGAGGCCGUGCUGGUGGAGGAGAGGCGGGUGAUGGAGGUGCGCGCCAGCGGGGACGCCUCCUGCGUGGCUGGGGACGACGCGGAUGCCACAGCACAGCCAGGGGAUGCUUCCAGCAUCAGAGGGAAGGAGGACUCUUCUCUGACUGAGGAGCCUAAAGCGGAAAGGGGGGAGGAGGCCAAGAAAGUGGCUCUGGGACAAGAGGAGACAGCCACUGCGUCGCGCGAGCCGCAGGAGGAACAGAGCAUAGCCGUCCACGUUGCUGAACCUGUGGAACAAAAAGCUCAUUUUGAGUCAUCCACUGUGAAGACAGAAACCAUAAGUUUUGGUAGUAUUUCCCCAGGAGGAGUAAAGCUAGAAAUUUCUACCAAGGAGGUGCCAGUCGUUCACACUGAAACAAAAACCAUCACAUAUGAAUCAUCGCAGGUCGAUCCUGGCACUGAUCUGGAGCCGGGUGUGCUGAUGAGCGCGCAGACGAUCACGUCGGAAACCACCAGCACCACCACCACCACACAUAUCACCAAAACUGUAAAAGGAGGCAUUUCUGAGACAAGAAUUGAAAAGCGAAUAGUCAUCACGGGAGAUGCAGACAUUGACCAUGACCAGGAAUAACUUAGCUUGCACACGAAUCCGGUCAUGCCAACCAUUAGGAAACCCCCGAGCCGACGUGGAGUUCUCUCUUCUAACCCAACUGACUUGUAUCUGUCUGUGGAAUAUUUCAAUCCAGAAGAAUUGACCUUGACCAUUAAUAAAGACACUGGCAGAGAGAUCUUCCCAUAAUAAAGCAAUCCAAAUCAGCAUCAAUAACCUGAUAUUGCAUGAAGCCACGAUAAAAUUACAAAGAGCAGCAUUUUUAAUUUUCACAAAAUGUCUCAGUUUUCAGCUAUAUCUGCACGUUCAUGACCAACAAUAUAAACAGUGAUCUCAUGUAACACAUACACAAUUCAUGCCUUUCAUAGUUUAUUAUUAAAGUUAAACAAAACUGCAGUUUCUUAGAUGACAGAUCUUUUGUUUACAGAUCAAUGGAGAUUACCGUAACAUACUAGAAGCUGUCUAGGUCUGGUCAGAUGUACCCCAGAUUAGAUGUGCCAAUAACCGACUUUAUUCAGUGAACAACUUGAAUCUUGACUUGUUUCAUCACUCUCACCCUGAACAGUAAUGACUCUCUGACCCUCCGGAAAUAUUUAACACUUACACUCUUGUUUUGUGUAUCUGAUUUAAUUCAUUACAACAUAGUCCUGAUUUUAGCAUAUUAAUGUGAUUCCUUCCUGUCGUCUGCUUUGGUCUGCAUUCAGUCCGAAAAACUUUCCAGAGAUCUCUAACAAGUCUAAAUAUGUAAAUUAUCAUUAUUUGGAGAAGAAAAAACCCUGUGUUUCUGUUAGUUUCCAAUAUUAUGACAUUUCCCUCCAGGAAAACCUGUUGGGUUUCUUUCUUUUGCUUUGUUUUCUUUCUUCAUUUCUUUGUCCUUGUGUUUUUUAAAUUGAUUUUUCUUCUUUUACUUGAAAACAAAAAAGAGUGUUUUAUUUCCAAAUCUGGUUCACAUUUACAACCUAGUUCAGAGCCAAGCCUUAAACUGUACAGAAUUUCCACUGUAAUUAAAACUAUCUAGUGUUUAGUUAUAAAUAGCCUUCCACAAAGAUAUAUUCUCCAUUACACUGUCACCUGCAUCACAGCCCAUGGUGAAUGUAUGUUUCUGCAUAGCAAAAUAAAAAUGGUAAACGCACU